AAGGAUGCCGGUUGCGUCUUAAAUGAGGAAUGGUCAGAGACAUUAUAAGUGAUAUACCAGUAAAUGUAAGCGAGGUGUAAUCGUUUUCCACACUGUUGGAGAACAAAGAAAAGAGUUGAUGGAAGAAGACAAUUUCGGUGCAUAUUCAAUCGGCUUACCUAUGAUAACACACCUGUCGCCGAGUUAUGCAUGAUUGUCUAACUGUGGUAUAUUUAGAUAGCAGCUAACUUAUAUCAGAAGUUUCAGGAAAAAACCCAGCUCCGAAAUGAUUGAAAAUCAUCAAGAUAGAAUUUGAAACAUCACCCUCUAGAAUUUGAAGAUGGACUGAGCACAGUUUGUGAAGAUGUGACGCAUAGACGAGACGGCAUAGAAAAUCAGUUACGAUGCCAGUCUUACCAUACACUUGUGUCUAUAUUGACGCAGACUGGCGUGACCUGCUUUUCAGUGCCUCACAAUGUAUCAACCGUACAGCAAACAGGGAGCCAAUAGUAAAGGAGCUACAGGCAAUGUGGUCAAAUCCAACCAAUCAGAACUCGGUGUUGCCCUGCCUCUCUGUCAGAUCUGGCCUUGACCUAUACCUGAAGGUCAAGGACUAUCCUCCAGGUUCAGAGGUCAUCAUGUCUGCUAUCAACAUUCCAGACAUGGUGUAUAUUGUCAAACACCACAAGCUCAAGGUUGUCCCCUUUGAUGUGAGUAUAGAAACAACUGGGCCUAAAGUUGAACUCCUCGAAUCUCUGAUCACCGACAAAACUGUUGCCAUCCUCAUCGCUCACAUCUACGGCAAAUGGUGCGACAUUGAAGCUAUUAUCGACAUCGCUCAACGGAAAAACAUUUAUGUCAUCGAGGAUUGUGCUGAGUGUUUUUGCGGUUUUGAGAGGACUGGAAACCCUAGAAGUGAUCUUGCACUUUUCAGUUUUGGCGUCAUCAAAUAUUCAACAGCGUUUGGAGGUGCUAUUGCAAAAAUCAAAGAUCAGAAAUUAUAUGCACAGAUGAGAGAAACUUAUUUGAAAUAUCCUAUACAGAAACAUUCUGAAUAUCUGAAAAAAAUUCUGAAAUAUUCUGGGGUCUAUAUUCUCCUAGAUUGUCCGUCGAUCAUCAAACCAUUAAUGGUAUUGACAAGAACCUUAAGCAUUGACCACAAAAAGGUUGUGAUCAAACUUCUCCGGGGUUUCCCCGAUCGGAUGAUAGAAAGAAUACGAGCACAACCAUCAAACGCCCUACUUGCCACAAUGAAACGGAGGCUGGAUAAUUUUGAUCAGACAGACUUCAACGCCUCACAAGUAAAGGCAGAGUAUGUGAAAGAGAGGCUACCAGAGGAAGUCACGAUGGUGGGGAUGCAGGCAGAAGUCAAUAACUACUGGCUUUUCCCAAUAUUGAUGGAUAAUCCCGACACAGUUGUUAAAAUACUGAAUGCCAUGGGGAUAGAUGCUUACCGUGGAGCUACGCAGCUAAAUCUCAUCGAACCAGAAAACUGUAGUGUCGAGCUUCACAAUCAACACGCUACAUCUGCCAGCAGCUUCGACGACAUGCACAAAGACGGGAACCAGAACUAUCCCUAUGAGGCCUUGAACAGAAGCUAUCCUCAUGAGGCGCGCUACCUCAUCAAUCACGUUGUCUACCUGCCUGUGAACAAGUCCGUCCCAUUCCACGUCCUCGAUCAAAUCUGCAAAUGUGUACAGCUGGCUAUUCGCCUCAGCAAAAAUGGACGCUCGCCUGAUGUCCGUCUUCACGCAAAGUUAUAAUGAUUGUGUGAUGUUAGCAAAAUGUUAUUGUAUUUAGAUGUGAAAAUGAACUUAAAUGCACACACUCAUAUGGUGUAGGAGUUUGAUAACUAAAUCAUAUUUCUAACUAAAUUUGUUUUUAUUCAAAUUUUUAAAUUCUAGAAACAAGUCACUGAUUUGAAGUUUAAUAGGUUAUGCUAUCAUAGAAAAGAGGUUUCAAAAAUAUUUUUGAUAUUUUUUGUAAGAUUUUUUAAGGCAUUUCUUCCCACCAGCUAUAUCUAAAAACGUUUUUACAAAUUCUUCAACAUUAUAUUAAAGGUAUCAGUUUUAUUUGGUGAGAAAAGAAGUACAUGAAGGAUGCUAUCAGGCUGAUUAAAUUUUCAUUUUUUAAAACGUCAAAACAUGCCAAAAUCAUAUUGCUGAAAAUUGUAACAGAAUGCUAUCUAUAUGGUUAAAUUAAUUAGUCCCCAAUUUGUACGGGCUAUAAAUUAUGGCUUACACCCCCAUCUGUAGUCAGUCAAGGUGUCACACUACAUAGUAUGGUAUGGGGCAUAUCUCAUGUACUCUUACACAAUUGCCAAAUGUUGCAAAUGGGUAUACAAAUCUCUAUGGAAGCUGUAGUGUCACAUACUUAAAUCAGGUUUCAUGCCAAGAGUUAUGGUUCUUUGUAUAAUUUAGAUGACAAUAUUUGUCUUGAGGUUAAGGACUAUUUGAAUUAUUUGUAUUAUUUUACCUUGAAUAUGACAUGAUAUAAGGCAUUGGUGAUUCCAAUUGUGUUAUUUUAAUCAGGACAUUCCAUCCAAUAUUUAAGAUCUAGAUUUAGUAUAUAUGUUUUUAUUUACAUUUUAUAUACAAUUGUUUUACUUAAAACUUUUAAUUGGUGUUGGCAAUGUUUGUAUUUUUUCAAGAUUAUUAAUAUGUUACUCAGAAAACCAUUAUAAAUGGAAAUGUUUUAUAUAUAAUAACUUAGUUUUUAAAAUCAAUGUUGUUGA